AUCGGAAGAAUUCGUUGCUGAAUCUUGAUUCUGACGGGCGUUCCCCGGUGUGCCAGAAACGGCAUGGAUGUGCUUGGAGAAAUGUAUCGUCCUCUGACGUCCCCUUACAUUCAGGAAACCCUAGAACCCUAUAAGAUGUCUGCUUUGCAAAAAUACAACAGAUCUGCCAGAAUCCCAGCUAGUUGAAUCAGCACUGCUGCCACUGGUUCUCGACUCCAUUGGCACUGACAAAGCAACGCACACAAGGCUCACGUUGCUCAAGCCCCUCUCAAGCCUCGACUCUAUGGCUGGUUGCUUUGGUUGAAAUCUCAAAAGUCCAAAGCUCAAGUGAUGGAAGUUGAAAGUGCUCAGUCUGCUGUCUGGUAGCAGGGUUGUUGCACGGGUGUUGGGCGGACGGACAAAACGGUGCGGGGCUGUUGUGGAGGACCGUACAGUCUUUAUAGGCCUGUGACAUCUCCUCUUUCCAAUGGGGAUGAUGGCGGUGAUUGCAAGGGUUGUUGCGUUUGUGCUCGUUGGGCUGCUGGCCCAUGCGAUUAGCGUGGUGGGCGUCACCCUCAGCGUGACCAACACCAACCCGCUAGCGCCCGCUGCCCCCCUCCUUGUGGCCUGGCAGGACCUGCCGCAGCCAUCUCCCCAGGACUGGAUUGGCGUCUACUCCCCCGCUGCUUCCCCUGACUCCCAUUGGAUUGGCUGGCUGAACCUCACCAGCGCCAGUGACAGCUGGCACACGGGCAGCGGCACCCUCAACAUCACCAUGCGGGACUUGCGUUCUGAUCUCCAAUUCCGCCUCUUCAAAGCGCCCCCCGAUGCACCUCCCCCCGCAGAACCCCACACGUUGCCCGUUCCUUUGAGCUCGCCCGAAGCUGUGAGUGGCGUGGUGACUUUCGCAGGUGCUGGGCGGCCGCAGCAGCUGCAUCUGGCCCUGACAUCAGCCGCGUCAGAGAUGCGCAUCAUGUGGACCACCGCUGCGCUGUGGCCGGGCAGCGAGGUGCAGUAUGGGCGCAGCAGCCACAUGCUAACAGAGCGGGCGCCGGCGCAGUGGGCCACCUACAGCCAGGACCAGAUGUGCGAGGCCCCCGCCAACACAACGCAGGGCUGGCGCGACCCGGGCUACAUCUAUGACGCAGUCAUGACACACCUCAGCGGAGGGACUACCUACUUCUACCGAGUUGGCAGCGUUGCGGGUGGCUGGAGCGAGGUGUUCCACUUUGUGACCCAGCCGGAGGAGCCGGCCGAGACGUACGCGCUGGUGUACGGCGACAUGGGCGUGGACGCACCCUACGACAGCUACGACCGCCUGCAGCCGGAGGCGGCCACCACGCUGCGCCUGCUGCAGCGGGACAUUGAGGCGCUGGGGGACAGGCCGCUCGUGGUCAGCCACAUCGGGGACAUCACGUACGCGCGAGGGCAUGCGUGGCUGUGGGACGAGUUCAUGGCGGCCAUUGAGCCCGUGGCCCGCCACGUGCCCUACCACGUGGCCAUUGGCAACCACGAGUACAAUUGGCCCGCCCAGCCCUUCAACCCAGAGUGGGCGCACUAUGGGCACGACAGCGGCGGCGAGUGCGGCGUCCCAUACAGCACGCGCUUCCACAUGGCGGGGAGUGCCAGCGUCCCCACGGGCACCGCGGCGCCAGCCACGCGCAACGUGUGGUACUCCGUCGACGUGGGCACCGUGCACUUCACCUACAUCUCCACCGAGCACGACUUCACGCCGGGCAGCCCGCAGCUGACGUGGCUGGAGGCGGACCUGGCGGGGGUGGACCGGCAGCGCACGCCCUUCGUGGUGCUGUCGGGGCACCGGCCCAUGUACACCAGCAACGACGAGGAGCGCGACCGCGGCAAGCGCGCGGCGCUGGUGGCGUACGUGGAGCCGCUGCUGGUGGCGCACCACGUGUCGCUGUGCCUGUGGGGCCACGUGCACAAGUUCGAGCGGACGUGCCCCCUCGCCAACCACACCUGCCACGCGUCGCAGCAGGGCACCGUGCCGCCACCUGUGCACGCAGUCGUAGGCAUGGCGGGGCAGGACUGGCAGCCGCCGUGGGCCCCGCUGUACGGCUUCAUCUACCCCAUCCCGGAGUGGUCGCUCUUCCGGCAGGACGGCUACGGCUACUGCCGCCUCCAGGCCGACCGCCACACGCUGACGCUCACCUACAUCACCAAUCACGACGGCCGUGCGCAUGACUACGUGGAGAUCUUGAGCCCCGCUGCAUAUCUUGCGGGCAAUGAGCAGCGGCCGCGGCCCAUGCAGCUGUGGGCGGACGCGCCGGCCAGCACGCAUGCGGCGGGGCAGUGGGUGGAGCACCUCGUGGUGGGAGCCAGCGUCAGCCUCGCGGCCGUGUUUGUGGUCGCAUGGGUGGCGCAUUGGCUCAGAAGGGCGAGAGGACAGCCGAAGGCUGCCAGCCCAGGCGAGGGAGCGUGGGACCAGGUUGCGACCACCGAGGAGGAAGUACCGUAAGAAGACGACCAUGCUGCGCAAAGGGUUUUGGGGAACUGUACCUAGGUUGCCAGGUUGAUCAUUGUCGUCCAUGUGAUUGUUGCAUCAUGAUUCAAAAGGCUGCUUAUAUGCCAAAGAAACGUUCCGUAAAAUGUACAUUAAGAUUGAUCCGCAGAUGCUGACAAUGAAGUUAGCCAGGAAAGAAAGCCAACACAACGCUCAAUCGACUGAUCAGGGUACUCAAGGGGAAAAAUCGUAGCCACGGCGACGUAGCGAGUUCAUUUUUGCUUAGUGGCUUUUAGUUGAGCGACAAUAUAGCAAUAUCUCUCUCGUACAUGUACGUUGCUUGCAGACCUGCAUGGAACCAGAUGUUGAAACAACAUGGCGAUCCCGGCCCUACUUAGUAUUGAACUGGAUUAUAAGCUG